UUCUAGAGCUGCAUUUCGUUUCCUAUUUCUAGUUUACCCAUUGCGGAGUAUAAUUAAAUUUUCUGGGAAAUAAUGUGGAUUCGCACAGCGAGUUGGAUUCUGUUGCUAUUUAGCUUUGAUCGGAUGUACUGCAUGCCCAAACCACCGGAAUCUGUUAGAAAAACUCGACAAGCACCAAAAAGGAUCAGAUUGGAAGAUGCAGCGAAAUAUCUGUGGAGAUAUGGAUAUGUGUCAAAAACAACGACUUCGAAGACACUUGGGUCGCUUGAAACAUUGGAUGAGAGCACAAUAGGGGAUCCACUCAUGCGAUUUCAACAAAUGGCAGGGAUUCGUGUCACAGGUGAAUUAGAUGGUGAGACGUUACGAUAUAUGACAAUGCCAAGAUGUGGAGUUGACGACACUGUGGGAGCCUUUUCUAUGAGAUCAAAAGGUUACAAUACUCGUGGACGAUACGAGGGAAAGAAAGGUAAAGGCAGAGGUAAAGGCAAAGGUAGAAAAAAUAAAAAAGGCAAAGGACGUGAAAACAAAGGGAAGAGUCGAACAAAGCGAUACGAUUUACAUGGUGCGAAAUGGGAAAAGAAGAAGCUGACUUACAAAAUAAUUAAUCAUACACCAGACAUGACAGAAACUCAGGUGGAAUCGGCUAUGCGAAGAGCACUGGAUCUUUGGGCUGCAAAAUCUUCCCUCAGAUUUCAAAAAACAUCCAGUGAUGAUGCGGACAUAACAAUUUCCUUUGGUACGAGGAACCAUGGAGAUCACUACGCAUUUGACGGCAAAGGAGGAACAUUGGCUCACGCGUUUUUUCCGACAAGUGGACAAGCUCAUUUUGACGACGACGAGGAUUUCAGCCACAAAGGAGAAGGCACCAAUCUGUAUAUUGUCGCUGCGCACGAAUUCGGCCACAGUCUUGGACUUGCACAUUCUACAGUUCCUAAUUCUUUGAUGGCACCAUUUUAUCAAGGAUAUGUUGAGGAUUUUGAACUCCAUCCAGAUGACAUAGCGGCUAUUCAACAACUAUACGGUAAAAACGUUGAUGAAAAGGUCGAACGAGGUAAAAAGCCUCCUCCAACUUUACCGCCAAAGAAGGUUAAGCCAACUAAGAAACCUCGAGUGAAUGUUCCUGAUUUAUGCUCGACUAAUGUGGAUGCCAUGUUAGAAUACAAAGACGCAAAAAGGACUAAAACCUACGCCUUCAAAGGAAGUUAUUAUUAUGAACUGAACGAUUACGGAGUUGUUCCUGGAUUUCCCAAGAAAAUUGGAAAAAACUGGGAAAGAUUACCUGGAAAUUUAAAUGCAGCAGCUCAUUCCAAAAAUCACUGGAUUCACGUAUUUUUUCAAAGUUUCAUUUUACAGGUGAUAAAAUCUACUGUUACAAAGGAAAAACGCUCAGAGCCGGUUUUUCCCAAAAAGACACAAGCCUUGGGACUCCCUUCACAUCCCACUGCUGUUCUUUCAUGGGGAUAUGAUGGAAUGUUUUACAUUUUCAAAAAAAAGAAUUUUUACGUCUUCAACGAAUUUUCGACAAGAGUACCAAGACCACGUCAUAUAUCAGGAACUUGGAGAGGAGUGCCAGAAGGGAUUGAUGCUGCAAUAACAUGGACAAGAAACAGAAAGACGUAUUUCUUCAAGGGCAAUAAGUAUUGGCGAUUCAACAAUUAUGACAGAAAAGUCGAUGAAGGAUAUCCACAAAAUCUGAAUGAAAAAUGGUUUGGGUGUGAUGCGAAAGGAACUGUCGAUAAACUUUCUACUAGAAACAGUAAAUCAGGCCGAGGAAAAAACCGUGGAAAAGGAAUAUAUAAAAACGAUAAUGUUGCGGAAAGACAAAUUCUGGCGCGUUUUGAGACGUUACCCGGCAACAACGGAACAAAAAUUGCAUGAGCAAAAACCAUCAUCAUAAUUUAAGUUAAAGAAAACGACAAAUUUGCCGAGCGAAUGACUUUUGUUCGAGAAAUAUUCAUUUUAUAUUCAAAUAUUCAACAACAUUACCUAUAAGCAGGGCUGCCAUUAC